AUGCAUCCUCACCUACACACCAAAAAUGCGCUAGCAUGUGAAGAAAUCAUUGCCGCGCUCGAGCAGUGCCAUGCCCAAGGAUUCAUGCACAAAGCAACGGGCGGCUGCAACGACGUCAAGGACAAAGUCAACCAGUGCUUGCGCGAGGAACGUUCCAAGAUGCAAGCCGAGAACAGGGCCGCCGCAAAGGCAAAGCGCGAUCGCCUCAAAGAGGAGCAGAAAGCCCUCGGUCUGUAA